AUGUUGGGAACUAUGGUUAGCAAUCAUUAUGAAGGAGGAAAGAUUGGGAUGAAACCUAAACAGAUCAUGGAAAAAGCUAGAAAAGAUCAUGGUGUUGUGAUUUCAUAUUCAAAGGCUUGGAGGUCUCAAGAGCACGCCCAAGAUAUAGCUAGGGGUACUCCUGAUGACAGUUAUGAAGCUUUGCCCAGCUGGUUUCACAUGAUAAAAGAAAAGAAUUCAGGUUCUGUGACUUUUAUUGAAGUUGAUUCUGUUGGGAAAUUCAAAUACGCAUUUUUGUCGCUUGGUCCAUCUAUCAGAGGGUUUAAGUUGAUGGGGAAGGUACUUUCUGUUGAUGGUGCCCAUCUGAAAGCAAAGUAUAAAGGGACUCUACUUGCUGCCACAGCACAAGAUGGUAAUUUUCACUUGUAUCCUAUAGCUUUUGCUAUAGUUGAUUCUGAGAAUGAUGCCUCAUGGAGUUGGUUUAUGAAAUGUCUGAAAACCAUCAUUCCUGAUGAAGAGGAUUUGGUUUUUGUCUCUGAUCAUGCAACCUUUAUUGAAAAUGCUUUUUUACAACAUUAUCCGCUUGCUCACCAUGGAAUCUGCGUCUUUCACUUUGAAAAGAAUGUCCAGGACAAUUUCAAGAGUUCAACACUUGUCCCUUUGGUUGUUGAAGCUGCUUAUGCCUACACCAAGGAUGAUUUUGAUUGCUAUUUUCAUGAGAUUGAGGCGUCCGACAUUGUAUUAGCAGAUUAUCUUCGUAAAGCAGACUUCAGGAAGUGGUCCCGAGCUUAUUCUCCUGCUAAUCGCUUCAACAUCAUGACGUCAAACUUGGUCGAAUCUAUAAAUUACUUGCUGAAAGUGAGUCGUGAGUAUUCAAUAGUCUGUCUUUUUGACACUAUUAGGAUGAUAAUGACUAGGUGGUUCACUGAACGACGUGAGCAAGGAGUUCGUCACAUCCACCUUGUCACGUUCGAUGUGGGGAACAAGAUGAAGGAGCUAUAUGAUUUUACGUCUCGCUUUCUCGAAGUUUCCAAAAUCAAUGAUUCAGAGUUUGAGGUUAAGGGAGAUACAAGAGAUCAAGUGGUGAAUUUUCAAACAAGGCAUUGUUCAUGCUUUGUGUUUGAUGUUGAGAAGUUUCCUCGUGCUCAUGCAAUUGCUGCUGCAAAGGCUGGAAACAAGCAUGAAAAUGAUUAUGUCGAUGAGUUUUUCUCCAAUGAAAGGUUUACACUAGCAUAUUCAGAGAGCGUAUAUCCUGUUGAUGAUAAAGCAUAUUGGGAUAUUCCUCCCCAUGUAGCUUCGUUUGUUUGUCGCCCUCCAUCUACACGCUUUCCUAGUGGCAGGAGGAAAAAAAAAGAGGAUACCAAGUUCGUGGGAGUAUGA